AAGGAAAGAAUGCUGUUCAGCCUCAUUGGUUUUUCUGCUGCUAAUAAUAAACAAUUAAGUCCGGUUGUUUGAGCAAACUUGUCACACUGGGUUAGUUUCUGAACUGUGGAGGUUUCCUCUCCGUCUGUGCAGACAGGAGGGUGGAGUUUGCAGCCUCUCUUUCCUAACCAACUACCGGACACCCCCGCCUUUCUGUCCCCGGCAUCAGAGCUUCCGUUGCCGAAUUCCAGGGUCAGACACUCGCCGGCUGCUCUGGACUCUGGUGAACUUUGUGUCUGGAGGACUGGAGUUUUUAGAGGAAAAAGAAACGACAAACUGACGUGAUCUCGCAACAAGAGGAAGUUGGGACUCACAUGCGCCACGUCGGUGUUUUGAACAACUUUAGGGGGCUUCGGAGAACUCAUCAGAAGUUGCCAUUUUUUGUGUCUGUAACAGCUGUUUGUGUUCAGACUUCAACAAAAGAAGAAGAAAAGUGAUUCGUCAGCGCAGUAGCUCGCCUGAGUCACACUGAGUUUCAACAUUUAAAAGGAGGAUUAAUGACUUAUUUCUUUAUCUCAAGUGUGGGUUCCGCUCGGGCUUGACUCACUGGCAGCAGACACACACAUCUCAGACAGCUGCCUGCCUACAUGUCUGCCGGGGCCCGAGGCUGGAGCAGCUGAAUCGGGUCGCUGGAGUCGUCCGGCCCCUGUCAGGUGAAAGGCGUGGCUUUCUGUGGAGGUGCUUUGUUCGGGAAACACCUGAGUAUGUGUAUGUGUAUGUGUGUGUGUGUCAGUCAGUAAGAUGAGACCUCAGGUGAGCUGAAGUCCGUUUUGAGGAACUAAAGGUUUGUCCCCUUCACAUGAGAAUCUUCCCCCAGUGGAGGAGUCUGUUUACCACACCAGGUCACACCAGGUCCAGGCGACGCGGACGCAGCAUGGACCGUUCUGAGAAGUCUUGUUUUCUCGAAGUUUGACUGUUUGGACCGACUAGAAAAAACUGGGUCAGAGUGGUUCAAGUGCUUAACUGUUCACUGACCGCUGGAUAUAUAACUUAUUGGGGUCAUGGCGUUGUCACAAGUCCAGUGCCUGGACGACCACAACGUCAACUGGCGCGUAAGCGAGAGCAAGCCGGAGUUUUUCUACAGUGAAGACCAAAGACUGGCUCUGGAGGCUCUCAUCACCAAGGGCCGCGAUGCAUUUAUGGACUACAUCCGCGAACAUAGCAUCCGGGACUUCCUCUCGGAAUCGGAGCUGGAGCGGAUCUCACAGGUAGCGGAGGUCUACCGGCCUGGGCAUGAGCACCACGUGAAACCAGAGACACCCAUCCCAGGGUGCACCAGCCCAGGCCUGGGGAAUAUCACCCCGGGGUCUGGGGACUUCGGAGGGGACGGUGAGGUGUCGCUCCAGUACUGGCCAGACCGGUCUGAGGCCUCGGUGGCAGAACUGGACCUUGGUUGGCCCGAUUCCAUCUCGUACAGAGGGGUUACGCGCGUAACAGUUUACACCCAACCUCCAACCGGGGCGCAAACUCACAUCAAAGAGGUGGUGCGGAAGAGCAUUGCAUCAGCCCAGAAGGUGAUAGCCGUGGUAAUGGAUGUGUUUACAGACGUGGAUAUCUUUCGAGACCUGCUGGAUGCAGGCUACAAACGCAGAGUUCCUGUAUACAUUAUCAUUGACCAUGCUGCAGUCCCAUCCUUUCUUUCCAUGUGUGGCAGAGCUGAUAUGCACCGUGGACACCUGAAGAAUCUGCGUGUUCGCUGCUGCGGAGGUGUGGAGUUCUACUCACGGUCGGCACAGAAGGUGCGUGGAUCACUGAGCCAGAAGUUCCUCCUGGUUGAUGGAGACCGAGCCAUCUCUGGCUCAUACAGCUUCACCUGGUCAUCCUCUCGUCUAGACCGUAACCUCAUCACUGCGAUCACAGGUCAGGUGGUGGAGACCUUCGACCUACAGUUUCGUGAGCUCUUCCUCCUGUCCAGAGGUGUGUCUCUCAGCAAAGUUCCCAUGGAAGAUGAACCAAUCCCUGAUCCGAUCCCUCAAAUCACUCCUGCUCCGGUUUCAGCUGCUAUUGCUAGGAAACUUAUCAAUCCCAAAUAUUCCCUCGUUACUUCAGGAACACACACAAGUCAAACCUCUUCUGAUCAAAACUCCAGCAAGCAAGUUCCCCCCGGGGUAAAGAUUGUAAAGGGACGUUUGAGGGGGGUUAUUGAAGAGCCACCCUUACAUCCUGGAUUAGCUCAUCUGGAGAAAGCAUACCUAAUCCCAUACCUGCCCACCUGGCCAGAACCAGACCCACCAAGCGAUGUGAUUGGCUUCAUCAACAUCAGGGAUGAAAAGCGAGCCCAUCAGGUUCACUUACAGAGGUCUGAGAUGUUUCAGGUCAGCCAGGCUAUACGCUUCACCUCACCACUGACUCUACAAGCACAGACUGAGGGACCUGCUCCAGGCAAGGAUGCUAACAAAGCAGGAAAAGCAGAAAAUCCCCCUGCUAAUAAAGGUACAGAGGUCUCAUCUCCAACCAAGAAACAGCUUACACAACCAGUUUCCAAUACAGACCAAACUGAUGCAACAGACUCCAGAGGACCUCCUCAGCAGCAAAACACACCUGUAGCACAAGACACACACAAACCAAAUGCACAGACUCAAACAUCACCAGCCAAAGUUAGUGCUGAAUCAGAACCAACAGCGAAGGCAAAACAAACUCCAGAGAACCCCCAAACUGUAGCGCCUCCUAUUCCUAAGCCCCGCACACUACAGCUAAUCAUAGACCCCGCCCUGUCGGAGCAACCUGGCAAAUCACAAGUCACCCUGAUGAGAAUGGGCCAAUCAGAAGAGGAGGACGUUGAGAUGAAACCGGGCCGCCUCAAUUUAACAUCAAAGGAUGACGGCAGAGACUCUGGCAGCAACGGUAAUGACAGCCAAGACAGCACAAAGGUCAUAUGUGACCGAGCAGCCGUUGACGAUCCUUCUAGCAACUCCACGGCAUCAGAGGAGGAGUUUUAUGAUUGUUCCCAGCCGGGAACUAGAGACCCAUUGACCAAUGGAGUGUCUUCAGGGUCAGGUCGCGGACAUCGUCUUGGGGAUGGGGUCAACAUGAUGGCUCGCCUCUCCCAGAGCAUGUUGGACUUACGGGAGCCGAGCAAAGUAGAGGACAGCGCUGACCUGAUCCGCCAAUCACAGCAGCUCCGCAGACACGCCUCGCCACAUAGGCACAUAGGACAGUUGUUCCAGACCUCAAGAUCUCCAGGUCGUGAUGGGAGACUUAGAGGAAACACAGUAGUUCUUGCUAAACCGGGAAGUUUUCACCGUCCUGCCCGAGCAGCCGGUCCUGUGAUUGGUGGACACCGUUAUUGGCAGGGUCAAACUCUGCAGCCGGAUUCGUCUCAGCUGCGUGUGGAUACACGGUCUAGCCGGUCGCCAAGACGCCACAGUCCUGGUUACAAGAGGACAGAUCAUGCCUCGGCACAGCCACCAACCAACCCUUCAGGGUUCAUGGGAGUCUCUUUCUCGAAACUGAAUAAUUUAAAACACUUAAGGGCAAGACCUGGGGCGCCGCAGAAGAAACCGUCUCAAAAUAACAAGGCUACCAGGUAGAACUGUCGGCAAGCACAUGUACAAAACGGUGAUUUAAUAUUAACAAACUGGUGACUCUUGAGUGUAGAAUAUUUUCUAUUUCUGGUGUGCAAAGUUAUUUCCUGCUUGUAAACCUUUAGGCUCAACAAAUAGGACCACUGUAAUUUCGAUGUUUUGACUACGUCAACAUGGAUUGGCAGUUCUUUUUAGAGGAUUUGUUUGAAGAGGUUUUGUCUGUAGAUAAAUUACAUAACCUUUCAAUCCGGUGUUUAGUGGAAAAUGUUUUCUGAUUGUAUUGGUACAGUUUUAGCUUGUUGAUAAUGAAUUUUAGAAGCAGGAACACAUAUCUGGAACAAAAUAAGCUCUGACAAAGACACAUCAGAAAAUAUUUGUGAGUUUCCAACUGUGUAGAUAAACACUUUUGAGUUAGUUUUCUGAAAUGUGUUCAUCUAAGUUUUGUGAUAAGAUAUCUUCUUUAAGCAGGGUAUAUAUUUGUAAGUGAAAACAAGUCUUCAGAGACACUGUGACGGUGCGAUCAUUGCAGAUAACCCUUUGAACAAGUAUUUCUUCAUUACCUCAACUGCUACUCUUUUCAGAAUUGUGUACUGUAACCAACACAGACAAAUGUGUUGUAUCUGUGACAUGUAAAGUUAGCUGAAUAUGUCUCUCCCCACUGAUACAUGAGUCUUGCUGUAGUGUUGAUAUCACUGUGAUUGGUUACUGAUGUUGUGAGGGAAAGGCUACUGUUUGUAUUGCUUUAACAUGUAAUGGAUUACUUGUGGAGAGAGAAGUUUAAUCACUGAUGUGGGACCAAAAGGGAAGGUUGUAAAUAAAAAGACAGAUUGUUGCUGACCAAA